UUGUCACCGUUUUAGUGGGGGUUAUUUCAGCACGGCACAUAUAAACACCUAGUCCUACCAGUUUAGGUUUACGGAAAACACAGAUAACUUAUUAAUUCCUAUCUUUAACGACAGUUAAGUCGGCUAAAGCUCGCACUAGCUUGCUAGUGCCCCAAGCUAGCAUUAGCCGUUUGAAUCUACGAAGAAACUGUUCUUUGUUAUGGAGUUUCAUCGGAGCCAAACGGUGGAGAAAUGAUUGAAAUAAAACGCGCAAAGCAUGCAGGCGGACCCUACCAAGCACCGGAGCGAGCUGGAAAUCACAAAACGUGCCUAAAGAGACAGGACUAUACUUGUUGAUCAAGACAAGGCAGAGAAGAGGAUGACAACAGCAGACUAUUUGGACACGACGUAUGGGAUUUAGCACACCUUAUCACACAGACGUCAUGGAAGAAUCAGAAAAGGCGCCGGAACCGAUUGAGGACAACCGGAUCCUAAGUUGCCAGUCCCGUCGGAGCACGAAGAAAGAGUCUCGAUCAUCAUCGGGGCAGAAGCGCAGAAAGAAAUGUCGGGAGAAAAUUCUCAACGGAGACGCGACGGACGGGAGCGUCGACAGCAGAUCGAAAACAAGGACCCGCCGAUCCGACCCGGAUCGGGACCGGGUAUCGGAUGAGGACGGAAGGAGGAGUGAUGGCUCGUUAUAUUCUGAAGACUAUGAGAAUGCCACACAGUCCGAGCGCUCACUUUCACCUUUCUCCCGGUCCCUCACUCCUUCUCCAACACCACAGAGAGGGAUCCGGGCAAAGCAGAUUUCGAGAAGUCCGCUCCACAAGACACACGGGGUUGGGCGCUGGAAUGCAUCCCGGCCACAGCGGCCAGGAGGCCUUCCCUUCACACAGCUCCACCGCAAGGGAAACCGCUCACAAAGCAAGGAGUCUUCACCGCCCAAAGACCUGGAUCUGGUGACCAAGCGAAUGCUCUCAGCCCGCCUACUGAAGAUCAACGAAUUGCGCAACUCUCUUGCGGAACUGAAGCAGCAGAACGAUGAACUGAAGAAGGAAAAUAGGAUUCUCAGACAGCUUCAGGUGCGUCAGGAGAAAGCCCUGCAGCACUACGACGACACGGAAAGCGAGAUUUCCCAGCUCCUGGCGCGGCACUCCAACGAGAUCCACGUGCUGCGCGAGAGACUGCGGCGCACCCAGGAGCGGGAACGGACGGCUGAGCGGCGGCUGAAGGAGAGCGAGGAGCAGCUGCAGAAGAGCCAAGCCACAAUCAGACGGCUGAAGAAGCUGGUGGACCAGCAAGAACUGGGGGCCAAAGACGAGCUAAGCCGUAGCCUUGAGGAGGAGAAAACCCGGGCCCAAGAGGCACAGCGUAAGGUUAAGGACUUGGAGCGUAGCAUUGAGCUGAGCAACAACAGUUUUCAGAGACAACUCGCUGCAGAGAGGAAGAGGACCGUCAGCUCUCAGGAGGAGGUCAAGAAUCUGCAGGAGGAGCUGGACCGGCUGACCAAUAAACUCAAGGAAAAGGAGAGAGAGCUGGAUGCGAAGAAUAUUUACUCCAACCGUAUGGUAAAACCGGCGUUGCGUAAAGACGCGGACAGUGGCGCAAAGCGCAAACUUCUCAGCAGGAACAGCACCAAGGCAGUCCAAACUGAGGACAGGACGUCAAGCCUGGAUUUCCCCUCGCCACCCCCUGCCAUCAACGACGCCGGCGAGCCGGCAGCUGACGAAUACCUGUCCCUGAAGGAGCUCGACGGAACGGACAGACCUGCCAAGGGAGACGAGGCGCCUCAAAAGCGGGAUGAACCGAAGAAGAGCGAAAGACAUGGACGGGAUCUGGUGAGGGAGAGAGAGCAGGGGACGCCGAAGGGGGACGGACUGGACCAGGGGCUGGGCGUGCUCGCAGAGAGGCCAACCAGAUUGAAAAACGGCGGGGAGGGAGAAAGAGCGGAGGAGAGCAGGAGGUCAAGUCCCCCGUUCAACCAGAAAGGAGAAGACACGGGCUACGGGAAGCACGGCCACGUCCAGGAGGAGGUGGCGCGAUGGAACAAGGACUCCACGUCCAGUCAGCGAGCGGCGGAGGAAGCGCGUCGGAAGAAAGAGCAGCUCCUGGCUAAGAUGCGAGAAAUAGACCAUCAGAACCAGGGAGGCCGGGACUCCGUGUUUGUUGAGGAGGAGAGAAAGAUGGUGAACGCCUUCCCUUCACCACAUCCACCUGAGGAGAAAAAACCCAACUCUUCGGUUUUCAGCCUCACCGAAUCAGAACAGGCAGGUAGAGAAGGCGGAAGGAGGAGACAGGGUGUGGAGAACGGAGGUUUCACGGCAGGAGUGGGGAGGAGAACGCUGCGGUCCCAGACCUCCAGUGACGACUUGGCGUUCGGACGGUACGCACCUUCGUUUGGACCUCCAGCACCCCGGCUUCCCUCCGGCUUCCCUCCAGCACCGCCUCAAGAAGACAAAAGCUCUGCAUUAGAAGCCAUAGGGCUGUUUAAUCCCGGAGGGGCGGCGAAGGAGACGGAAACCAGAGCGGAGAAAGACAAGAAGUCGAGCCUCAUGGAGCAGCUGUUCGGUACCCAGGCCUUGCCUGCAGGUGAGAGUCUCGGUGGUCCCAAUAAAAUGGAGGUGCUCAGUAGCCCUCCAACAACCAACGGGGUGCGUUCAAGACGGGAAGGACUGCACCGCCUCAGCUCAGGUUCCUCGAUUAGCAACAACACUCUGCAUGUGGCAGACAGCAAGCCUGCCAUCCGUGCCAUCCCCUCCUUCGACGACGACAUCGAGGAACUCACUUUAUGAAUAAACGCAUCUGGACGGUAGUCGGUGGGUGUGUUCUGCAAAUACCAGCCAGGAUAUAACUCAGGUAGAAAUAAUUAUGAAGGCGAUCAGGAGGAUUUUUUUAAAAAUUUUAUCUUUAAACGAGGGAACCAGGUCAUAGUGAUCUGAAUUCAUUAUAUCCUUCGGCGGUGGCAAUAGAGGCACUCGAUAAUGAAAUAACAACAGAUCACCUCCUGGCAUACUCAUUCAUUCAUUUUAAGGUGCGCAUUCACUGACUAUUAAUUAUUCUAGACAUUUUUCAUCCACAGCCAGAUAACUCUUUGUUUAUAUCAGUCAUGUAGCCAAAGUGGCCGGCCUCCCAUCCCACCGGUGGCGACCCUGGGUAUGCCCCAGCUGAUGCAUCUUUUCAAAUGGUGGCCAGACCAUGCCUACCCAGUGUACAGCUUGCCAUGCUGAGCAAGGCA